AUGGCUGCUGCGAAUCCAGCCAAAACGCUCCAGGAGGAAGCUACUUGUUCCAUCUGCCUGGAUUAUUUUAAAGACACGGUGAUGAUUAUAGACUGCGGGCACAAUUUCUGCCGAGCCUGCAUCACCCAGUGCUUGUGGGGAUGGGAGACAAACCUCUCCUGCCCUUGCUGCAGGGGCAGCUUUCUCCGGAGAAACCUCAAGCCAAACAGGCAGCUGGCCAACGUGGCAGAGGUGGCCAAACAGUUCAGCCUGCGGCUGUUCAAAGAGCCCCGAGGGGAGAGGGUGUGUGAGAAACACCUGGAGACUCUGAAACUCUUCUGCGAGGAGGAUCAAACUCCCAUCUGCGUGGUGUGUGACAGAUCCAAGGAGCACCGAGCUCACACGGUGGUUCCCAUCGAGGAGGCUGCCCAGGAGUACAAGGUGCAAAUUCAGAGCCAGCUGGAGAUUUUGAAGAAAGAGAGAGCUGAGAUACUCGAGUGUCAAUUGAGUGGGGAAGUGAAAAGCCAGGAACUUCUGAAAGAAGUGGAAGCCGAGAGGCAGAAGAUUGUGUCUGAAUUUCAGCAGUUGCGCCUGUUUCUGGAGGAACAAGAGAAACAUCGGCUGGGCCGGCUGGGCGAGCUGGACAAGGAGAUUGUGAAGAUGAGGGAUGAAAAUGCCACCAAAUACUCUAAGGCGCUUUCUUGCCUCAGCGAUAUGGUCUGCGAGAUAGAGGGGAAGUGCCAGCAGCCAGCGAGUGAAUUCUUGCAGGUCAUCAGAAGCACCUUGAGCAGAUGUAAGACGGAGAAGUUUCAAAAUCCAACUGCGGAGUCUCCUGACUGGAGAAGAAGAAUCAAAGAACUCUCUCAAGAAACCGUAUCGCUACAGGAUGCUGUGAAGAAAUUCAAAGAGUCUCUGCCAUCUGAAACUGUGUUGAAAUCAGCAAAUGUGAGUUUUGAUCCAGCCACGGCUCAUCCCCGCUUCGUUGUGUCCAAGAGACGGAAAAGCGUGAGAUGGGGAGACACGCGGCAGGAUCUGCCCUACAGUCCUAAGAGAUUUGAUCCUUCUCGCUGCGUGCUGGGCUGUGAGGGAUUCACCUCGGGAAAACAUUGCUGGAUGGUGGAAGUGGGGGAUGGGGGAAACUGGGCUGUGGGGGUGGCCAGAGAGUCUGUGAGGAGGAAGGGAGAGAUCAGCUUGGACCCUGAGGGGGGCAUCUGGGCCAUGGGGCUCUGCAGAGGUCAGUACCGGGUUUUAACAUCCCCUGUGACUCUUCUGACCCUGAGCGGGAGCCCCACACGGAUUCUGGUUUGUCUGGAGUAUGAAGAGGGGUUGGUGACAUUUAUAGAUAUUGAUAGCAUGGCCAGGAUAUUUUCAUUCCCAUCAGUUUCUUUUACAGGGGAGAAAAUCUUCCCUUUUUUCCGGGUUGGGGAUAUGCAAACGCAUCUCAGGCUACUCCCCUGCAUCACAGGGUAACAUCGGGCCUCGGGGCUCUGUACUGAGAGCGUCCUUGACAGAAGGAGAUGACUGGGUUACAUGGGCCAAACUCAUUGGCCUUGUCCAUGCUACAGGGAUGUUUGCGACACAGCCAGCUCGCCCUGUAACUAUGCUGGGACAAUCCCAUAGUGUAGAUGCAGCCGACACCAACAGAAGGGGCUUUGCCCUCAGUGUAGAAACUCCCCUUCCCCAAGCGAAGGUAACGACCAUUGAUGGAAGCCUACUUCCGUUGCCAUAGCUGCGUCCAUGCUGCCGGGUAGGUUGGCAUAGCUACAGCAUCCAAGUGUGCCUUGUUUUCUCCCACAACCCUGACCUACGCAAUGUGUCAACCUAACUUUUUAAGUGUGGCCCAGGCCAUUGUCUCAGGGGUUGUCUGGCCUGUUUCCCCUCCAACCUCUGCA